ACCGUAAUUAGCAGCGCCCCCCACGCGCACGUUAAAAACCGCCCCUUCCCAUGCCUUUCCAUUCCACCGAACGGUUUCGAGAUCUUCGCGUAGAUUUUUCCAUUUCUUCAUUGGAAACUAAAAUGGCGACUUCACUACGUUAGCUCCAGUCCUUGACACCUUCCUUCCCUCCCGGGGCACCUUAGCGUCCGUCCUCUCUCUCCGAUCAGUCGGUUUGAUCACAUUCUCGUAUUGAGAUCAGCGGUUUGAGUUAUCAGGUUCCGCAUUCCAAUCAGUCUUCGAGCAUUUGUUUGAAGGUACUCAGCUUCAAAUCCUUCUUCGAUUUCGCAGAACUAUGUAUCUAGGGAUGAACUGGUGAGAUGCUGAGAAGUGAUAAACUAAAGAAAUAUAUAACUGAAUAAUUGGUUGAUCUGGCGUGGCUGUUUCCGGUUGUUUCUAUUUGUGACUACGAAAGAAGGCUCCGUUGCAUUUCGAGGUAUGCGAGGACGGCAACGUGAUGCUUUCUCGACGUACAAACGAAUGUCGUCGAGGGACUAUUUGAAUGCCUUCGACAAAGAAGACGGUUCAGGCCAUUUGCAGAAUGUUACGGGAAAAGAGACUGCCAAUCCUUCAUGGAAACACUCUUUGCCACACAUUCUUGUGGCUACUAUUUCUUCAUUCUUAUUUGGCUAUCAUCUUGGGGUAGUUAAUGAAACACUAGAAAGCAUUUCCUUAGAUCUUGGCUUUAAUGGGAGUACACUUGCUGAAGGUCUAGUGGUGAGUACAUGCUUAGCGGGUGCCUUUGUUGGAUCUCUGUUCAGUGGUUGGAUUGCAGAUGGAAUUGGGCGACGCAGGGCGUUCCAGUUGUGUUCUUUACCAAUGAUAAUUGGAGCUUCGAUGAGUGCAACGACAAAAAGUCUUCAUGGUAUGCUUCUGGGGAGGUUUAUUGUCGGAACUGGGAUGGGUAUUGGUCCCCCCGUUGCAUCCCUCUAUGUGACAGAGGUUUCACCUGCUUUUGUAAGGGGUACUUAUGGGAGCUUCACCCAAAUUGCAACAUGUCUUGGACUUAUGGGAGCUCUUUUUAUUGGAAUCCCUGCCAAAGAAAUUUUUGGUUGGUGGCGGGUUUGUUUUUGGGUGUCUUCCAUUCCUGCUGCAAUGCUUGCUCUUUUCAUGGAGUUCUGUGCAGAAAGUCCUCAUUGGCUUUUUAAGAGAGGAAGAGGUGCUGAGGCCGAAGCUGAAUUUGAGAAGGUUUUGGGUGGAGCACAUGUCAAAUAUGCCAUAGCAGAACUGUCGAAGUCAGAAAGAGGGGAUGAAGCAGAUACAGUGAAGUUUUCAGACCUACUCUAUGGUCGCCAUUUUAGAGUGGUUUUCAUUGGGUCUGUCCUAUAUGCUUUACAGCAGCUAUCAGGAAUUAAUGCUGUAUUCUAUUUCUCAUCAGCCGUCUUUAAAAGUGCAGGAGUACCUUCAGAGGUUGCUAACACUUGUGUUGGAAUUUCAAAUCUAUCAGGGUCUAUUGUUGCAAUGGUUUUGAUGGACAAACUAGGGAGGAAGGUGCUUCUUCUAGGAAGUUUCUUUGGCAUGGCAGUUUCAAUGGGUAUUCAAGUAAUUGCAGCAAGUUCGUUUUUGUCAGGCUUCAGCACGGCCUAUUUGUCUGUUGGUGGUAUGCUGCUGUUUGUCUUGACAUUUGCUAUGGGCGCUGGUCCAGUCCCUGGUCUCCUUCUACCAGAAAUAUUACCCAGCCGAAUUCGGGCGAAGGCAUUGGCAGUGUGCUUGGCCGUGCAUUGGGUGAUAAAUUUCUUUGUUGGUUUGUUUUUUUUGAGAUUGCUGGAGCAAAUGGGCCCGCAAGUUUUGUAUUCUAUCUUUGCCAUGUUUUGUUUGACGGCAGUGGUUUUCGUGAAGAAGAAUGUGGUGGAAACAAAAGGAAAAUCACUUCAGGAAAUUGAGAUUGCACUUCUCCCAGUUGAGUAGAGAGAGUUAGCUACUGGGCAUUUUUGGUACGAGAAUGUCGCUUACUCAUGUUUGGAGAAAUCCUUCGCUGCCUGGUUUCGACAGUAAUUAACUUCAUUUUUGGAGAAAUCCUUGGAGAUGCAUCCAUGAGGCCCGUGUAUAGUGGUUUCCCCUUUCCGCCUAAAUAAUCUGAGCUCAUUCAUAUUUUUUUCCCCCUCUUGAAAUAAUGGGUAGUUUGCAAGAGAAUAGGAUACAAGUGAGACUGAUUUUUAUACAUCAUCUUAUAUUAGAUGUUUUUGUUCCCCUUUCAGUAAGAAUAAUGUUUGCUUUCCUUCCAUAGAACCCCCAAAUGAUUAAACCAAGCACAUACCGUGACACAUUGACUAUUCUUAUUUCAGAUAUCAAUUGAUCCCGAUGAAAAUAGCUAUAAUUCAUUUACUGCAUCAGGCGCAGUUGGGCAUGGACAAGAGUUGAGUUCAUUUGUAAUAUCUAUCUUUACGACACAAUUUGAUACAUGCUAAUAUCUAUCUUUUUACUAAUUGCUAUCAUUCUUAUUUUAAAAA